AUGCUGUCAUUUACUUUCCGGCUUAUUCCCUUUUGUCUGAUUUGCGUUCAUUCCCUUUUUCUUUCCCUGCUUACUGUCAUUCCUUGUUUGCCGUUAUUUCCUUUUUCUUUCACAUCUUGCUGUCAUUCCCUUUACUUUCCCUGCUUACUAUCAUUCCCAUUUUCUUUCCCUUUUUACCGCCAUUCCCUUUUUCUUUCACAUCUUGCUGUAAUUCCCUUUUUCUUUCCCUCCUUGCUUUCAUUCCCCUUUUCUUUCCCUGCUUACUAUCAUUCCCAUUUUCUUUCCCUUUUUACCGUCAUUCCCAUUUUCUUUCCAAUCUUGCUGUCAUUCCCUUUUUCUUUCCCUGCUUACUGUCAUUCCCUUUUUCUUUCCCUGUUUACCGUCAUUCCCUUUUUCUUCACAUCUUCCUGUCACUCAAUUUUCUUCCCAAUCUUUCCUUUCAUUCCCUUUUUCUUUCCCUGCUUCCUGUCAUUCCCAUUUUCUUCCCCUCUUUGCUUUCAUUCCCUUUUUCUUUCCCUGCUUACAGUCAUUCCCUUUUUCUUUCCCUGCUUCCUGUCAUUCCCAUUUUCUUCCCCUCUUUGCUUUCAUUCCCUUUUUGUUUCCCUGCUUACUGUCAUUCCCUUUUUCUUUCCUUUUUUACCGUCAUGCGCUUUUUCUUUCCCAUCUUGCUGUCAUUCCCUUUUUCUUCACAUCUUCCUGUCAUUCAAUUUUCUUCCCAAUCUUUGCUUUCAUUCCCUUUUUCUUUCCCUGCUUCCUGUCAUUCCCAUUUUCUUCACCUCUUUACUUUCAUUCCCUUUUUCUUCACCUCUUUACUUUCAUUCCCUUUUUCUUUCCCUGCUUCAUGUCAUUCGCUUUUUCUUUCCCUUUUUACCGUCAUGCCCUUUUUCAUCCCUAUCCUGCUGUCAUUCCAUUUUUCUUUCCCUCUUUGCUGUCAUUCCCUUUUUCUAUCCCUGCUUACUGUCAUUCCGUUUUUCUUUCCAAUUUUACCGUCAUUUCUUUUUUUCUUUCCCAUCUUGCUGUCAUUCUCUUUUUCUUUCCCUGCUUACUGUCAUUCCCUCUUACUUUCCAUUUUUACCGUCAUUCCCAUUUUCUUUCCAAUCUUGCUGUCAUUCCUUUUUUCUUCCCCUCUUUGCUUUCACUCCCUUUUUCUUUCCCUGCUUACUGUCAUUCCCUUUUUCUUCCCCUUUUUACCGUCAUUCCCUUUUUCAUUCCAAUCUUGCUGUCAUUCCUUUUUUCUUUUUCUCUUUGCUGUCAUUCCCUUUUUCUUUCCCUGCUUACUGUCAUUCACAUUUUCUUUCUUUUUCUCUUUUUCUUCCCCUCUUUUCUUUCAUUCCCUUUUUCUUUCCUUUUUUACCGUCAUUCCCUUUUUCUUUCCCAUCCUGCUGUCAUUCCCUUUUUCUUUCCCUCUUUUCUGUCAUUCCCUUUUUUUCCUGCUUACUCUCAUUCCCUUUUCUUUCCCUGCUUACUGUCAUUCCCUUUUUUCCCUUUUUACCGUCAUGCCUUUUUUCUUUCCCAUCUUGCUGUCAUUCGCUUUUUCUUCCCCUCUUUGAUUUCAUUCCCCGUUUCUUCCUUUCUUUGCUUUCAUUCCCAUUUUCUUCCCCUCUUUGCUUUCAUUCCCUUUUUCUUUCCCUGCUUACUGUCAUUCCCAUUUUCUUUUUCUUUUUACCGUCAUUCCCUUUUUCUCUACCCAUCUUGCUGUCAUUCGCUUUUUCUUCCCCUCUUUGCUUUCAUUCCCUUUUUCUUCCUUUCUUUGCUUUCUUUCCUAUUUUCUUCCCCUCUUUGCUUUCAUUCCCUUUUUCUUUCCCUGCUUACUGUCAUUCCUUUUUUCUUUCACAUCUUGCUGUCAUUCCCUUUUUCUUUCCCUUUUUGCUUUCAUUCCUUUUUUCUUCCCCUGCUGACUUUCAUAUUUUACUACGUUUUACUGUCUUUAUUUCUUUGUUUUUAGUCUUUCAUAUUUCUUCUAUUUUCAAGUGUUAUAUUAUUAUUUUUGCUCCUCGUUUUCUUUCAUCCUUUUGUUUUAUUUUUUUAAUUUCUUUUCAUUUUAUUCUCCGUGUUUCAUUCUUUCUUUUUCUCUUUUAUUUUUUUUCUUCCUGCUUUUUUCUUUCUGUCUUUAUUUUCUUUCUGUCUUUAUUUUCUUUCUUCCUUUUCCUGUUUGCUUUUAUUCUCCCUUUCCUUCUCCCCCCCCCACCCCUGCUUUCAUUCUUUAUUACCUUCUUUCGCUUUUUUCUUUUUCUUCAUUUUUUUGCCGUGUUUAGAUUUCCGUACAUUUUCUUUCUUCCUUUCUUUCUUUCUUUCUUUCUUUCUUUCUUUUUUUCUUUCUUUCUUUCAUGUGUUAUUCUAUCACUGUUUCCAUCUCGCUAUCUUUCAUCAUUUUAUUUCAUGUUUUGCUCUCAUAUAAUUUUCUUUUCGGUUUUGCAUUCUUUCAGUCUUUCUUUCAUUCUCUCUUCUCUGUCACUUUUCUUUUCAAUGUCACUCUCUCUUACUAUUUUUGCACUUUCUUUCUUUCUUUUUUCUUUCUUUUUUUUUCUUUCUUUCUUUCUUUCUUUCUUUCUUUCUUUCUUUGCCAAUUCCCACUUCUAUUCUGCACGCUUCUAA